AUGAAAAAAAUAAGAGACCAUUUGCUUCAUCCUAUUCCUGUCUUAGUUGGUGGACCUGGAACUGGUAAAAGUCGGAUACUCCAAGAACUUCCUGCAUUGCUGCAUAAUCAUGCUCAACAAUAUUCAGAUGAUAAUGAACUGAAGAAUGCAAUUUGUGAAAAUAAAAUGUUUGCCAUUAAUGUCACAUUCGGUAAUGGUAGUAAUGUUGAUAUUAGAGAUACUGAAAUUGGAGGCCAAGCAUCAGUUGGGUUACGCAUACUUUAUGAGCAUUUUAUCUAUGGAAUUGUAGUUUUUGGUAUUGAUGAAUUGAAUGCAUUACAUCAAGCAGAUCAAAGUCCUGAGAAGAUUUUAGUUCGUUCAAUUGUAAGGGCUGUUGGUGGAUUAAGUUGUAGCAGCAUGGAAAGAUUUUAUGUACCUAUCUUGUCUGGAACAAUACAAGGACCUCUUGAAACUUUUGUUAGAGAGUCAACAUAUCUUUUUUUACAUUUACCACUCCGUCUUCUUAACAAUGAUGAAAUGUUUGAAAUUGGUGUGAAGAUUGCAGAAUUUGAACCACUUAUGACAAAAUACAUAUCAAAUAACACCUUUUCACGUUGCAUUAGUGACAUUGGUGUUUUUGGUAUUGAUGAAUUGAAUGCAUUACAUCAAGCAGAUCAAAGUCCUGAGAAGAUUUUAGUUCGUUCAAUUGUAAGGGCUGUUGGUGGAUUAAGUUGUAGCAGCAUGGAAAGAUUUUAUGUACCUAUCUUGUCUGGAACAAUACAAGGACCUCUUGAAACUUUUGUUAGAGAGUCAACAUAUCUUUUUUUACAUUUACCACUCCGUCUUCUUAACAAUGAUGAAAUGUUUGAAAUUGGUGUGAAGAUUGCAGAAUUUGAACCACUUAUGACAAAAUACAUAUCAAAUAACACCUUUUCACGUUGCAUUAGUGACAUUGGUGGUCAGGUUCGAGCUCUUGAAAUUUUCUAUGAAAAAUUAUUGAAUAAAUUAAAGCAACCAUCCUAUGUAGAUUAUGUAGAGGUAUUUCAUGAAGUUAAAUCAGAACUCUUAUCACGAUACCCAUUUCAGGAUUUUGCAGUAGAUGCAACCCCAAUGAUGGCACAUGCUAUUCUUAAUAUUCCAGUAGAAAGCACUGAUGUAAUUAACAUUGGAAAAUCCCAAAUAACUUAUCUUGAUCUUGCAUCAUUGGGUAUUUUGAAUUUGGAGAAAACUACUGGAAACAAAUUUUAUAUAUGCAUGCCAUAUUUGUGGGUAUGGAUAUUGACAUCACUCAAUAGUACAUGCAGAUUCUGGAAAGUCAUGAUACAACAGAAUUCACAUGUCUUCUGGGAAACUUUUGAGGAAUUUAAUGCACAGUUUUGGGCUCUGCGUCUCUGUCUUUUUUCAGUACUGAACAAAAAAAUUACAUUAAAAGAUUUGUUUGGAGGUGCAAAUAAUGUUGGUGAUAUUUCAGAAACUGUCAUUGACCUUGUUGAUCAAUCUACAGUGAACAUACAGUCACUGGAUUACCGAUAUCCUGGUCCUAAAGAUACAGAUCUGCAUAAAAAUUUUGGAACUGUAUAUUGGAAUGGUGAUGGAGCAGAAUGGGAUGUAUUCUUCUUCUUGAAAUCUUGGAUUAUUAUUACUCAAGCCAAAUCUUCAGAUCCUACAGCAAAACAACCUCAAACUGUAAAUAGAAAGAUGUUGGAUAAAGAGUAUGAUAAAUAUUUAGAAGGGAUAAAAAAAAUGAACAAUUUAAUUGGAAAAAAUUCUUCCAUUACAAACUCAGCCUUACUUUUAUCUACAAAUGGUAGAAGCACAUCAAAUCUUUUAUCACAACCAGUAGAGCAUAAUAACUAUUUUGUGGUGAACUGUAAUAAUUUCAGAGAUUUUUAUGGAUACACAUUUGCUAGUCGAGCUGAAUUUGCUGCAGCUAAUGACCAAAUAGAUAUUAAUAGUGCCCAAGAAUUUGAAAUUAGAACAAUCCGGGGCAUAGGAGCAGAAAUUGCAAAAAUGAUCUGUAAGAAAAGAAAAGAGAGACCAUUUGAUGAUAUAGAAGACUUACUUUCCCGUGUACCCAUAAAAGGGCGAGCAGCUUUAAAAAAAAAUAAAAAUAGGAAAAGUGAUUAA